UGUGGACAAACGACGGGUUUACUAUGUAGUUUGGAGAUAAGAAAGAAAACAUUAAGUUGUAAUUUUCUGAGCAGUUUCGUUGUUUUUUUCUCUGUGAGAAGAAUGUUGGUGAUUUUGCUCCAUCACAUGAAUGGACAGACACAAACAAAACCCUCUCAGCCAAUAGAAACACACUACUGUACACUUGACCAAUCACAAUAGAAGCCAGCGACAACAUGGUUUCACUAUCAGCCAAUCAUAAGAGUCGGAUGUAUGACGCGGCGCUGUCAGCUGUUCUUGUUUUGCUUCUUCUUCUUCUUCUUCUUCUUCUCCUCCGGGCUCUGGAGAACCGACCUCCACAGAAACCGCACUCAAACAUCGUGUUAAUUCAUCUCCAGUGGAGAAACACUGCGGCUCUGCGUCGAGCGCUCACUCGCUCAUAAUCUGUUCCACAUUUCUUCCACAUUGGAGCCGUCUUCCGCCGACAUCGAGCGAAGAGGUGCAGCCGAUCCCAGGCCUCCAAUCCAGGGCGGAGGGAGGGAAGGAGGUCGCUGGGAAUCGGGAUGGAGAUCGGGGAGGGAACCGGCGGGUCCGGCGGACCGGACGGACCGGGGCUCCGGUUUGGCUGCGCCUCUUUCAACCAAGACUCCACGUCACUGGCUUUGGGAACAAAGACUGGCUACAAACUCUUUUCUCUGACCAUGGUGGAUAAACUGGACUGCAUCCAUGAGAGUGCAGAGACUCCAGAUGUCUACAUCGUGGAGCGUCUCUUCUCCAGCAGUCUGGUCGUCGUGGUGAGCAUCUCCAUGCCGCAGCGAAUGAACAUCUACCACUUCAAGAAGGGGACAGAGAUCUGCAACUACAGUUAUCCCAACAACAUCCUUGCUGUCAAGCUCAAUAGACAGAGACUUGUGGUGUGCCUUGAAGAGUCCAUUUAUAUCCACAACAUCAAAGACAUGAAGCUGCUCAAGACUCUUCUCAACACUCCGUCCAACCCCUCAGGUCUCUGUGCUCUGUCUAUCAAUCAUUCCAACUCCUACCUGGCAUACCCCGGCAGUGCCACCAUCGGGGAGAUCAUAGUGUACGAUGCCAACAAUUUGCACACAGUGACAUUGAUCCCAGCUCAUGACAGUCCUGUGGCAGCUCUCACCUUCAACACCCCGGCCACAAAACUUGCCAGUGCCUCAGAGAGAGGCACCGUUAUCCGAGUGUUCUCCAUCCCUGAGGGCCUGCGUCUGUUUGAGUUCCGCCGGGGCAUGAAGAGGUACGUCAAUAUAAGCUCUUUAUCCUUCAGCCCUGACGGCCAGUUCCUCUGUGCUUCCAGCAACACAGAGACCGUGCAUAUCUUUAAACUGGAACAACUGGGACCAAGUGGAGGGGACGAGGCUGCCACCUGGACAGCCUACAUGGGGAAGAUGUUCUCAGCAGCCAGCAGCUACCUCCCUGCACAGGUGUCUGGCAUGAUGAGCCAGGACCGAGCCUUCGCCACCGUUCACCUCGUUACGUCUGGCCAGAGGAACGUCUGCACCCUGGCAAUGAUCCAGAAGCUUCCACGGCUGCUGGUGGCCACGGCCAACGGCCACCUUUUCAUCUAUAAUGUGGAUCCACUGGACGGAGGCGAGUGCACAUUGGCCCACAAACACAGGCUCUUUGGUGUUGAUGAUGUCCAGGGUGAAAGAACAGAGUCACAGGGGUCAGAGUUCACAGGGCCAGCGCAGGCCUGUCCAUCCUACGCUGCAACCGCUGCCUUACCAGCCUCUGGACCUGUCACUGCGACCCUCACUGGAUACUCUGAAGACGGUGGGGCGAAGAAAGGCGAGGUCAUUCCAGAACACGAGUUUGCUGCUGGACCUGUAUGUCUGGACGACGAGAACGAGUUUCCUCCCGUGAGCAUCCAGAAGUGCUAACUGUCAGCUAUAGCUAGCUCUGCUACACCAGAUCUAACUGCAAAAGGAUCUACUCCUGAUGCUAACCAAACAGCUGUGUCAUCAGUAACAAAGAAGCUCAGAGUGACAGCUGAAGGCUGAAACGAACCAUUGGAGCUGGUGGAGUCCUGUUGCUAUGGACACCACAGAGGAAGCUGCUGCAUCACUGAGCUGAAGUUUGACUCUCCAGAACACAACUGGAACAUGUUGGAUGGACUGAUGAGACUGAGGUUGGACUGUGUGAAGAACAUCAGCUCUAUGUGUGGUGUAAACAGAUCUCUGCACACCAACAUGAAAACAUCCUCCCAGAGGUGAAGCAGGGUGGAGGGAGCAUCAUGAUCUGGGUCUCUGCUGCCUCUGGACCUGGACAGCUCCACAUCAUCAAGUUUAUCAAGGUCUCUUCCAGGAUCAUGUCAGGGUGUCUGUCCACCUGCUGAAGCUGAGGAGAAGCUGCUGAUGCAGCAGGACAAUGACCCUGAACAUCAGAGUAAAUCCACCUUCUGGAGCGGGCCAGUCAGAGCCCAGACCUGAAUCCAGUAGAGGUGCUGAACUCAGCGAGCCGCUCACACCAGACAUCCAGAGAAUCUGUCUGACUGAAGCAGCUCUGUAGGAAGAAUGGUCCAAACUUCCUCCUGAACAUUGAGCAGCUCUGAUCAGCAGCUACUGAAGAGCUGGUUUCAGGUUAUUGGAGCCAGAGAAGGUUCAUCCAUCAAUCCAUCCAUCCAUUAGCUACACCGCUUAUCCUUAUAAGGUCACAGGGGGGCUGGAGCUGAGCCCAGCUGACAUCUGGCAAGGGCGGGGUACACCCUGGACAGGACACCAGUCCAUCACAGCACUGACAUUUAGAGACAAACAACCAUUCAUGCUCACAUUCACACCUAUGGGCGCUUUAGAAUUGCAGAUUUUAACCUUACAUUUCAUGUGUUUGGACUGUGGGAGGAAGCUGCAGGGAGAACAUGCACACUCCAGGCCUUGAAUCAAACCCAGAACCUUCUUGCUGUGAGGCGACACUCCUAACCACCGCUUAACAAACGAAGGUUCAACCAGUUAUUAAAUCCAGGGUUCACUGACUGUUUCCACCAGAGCUGUGAAUGUCGUACGAGCUUAGGGACGCUGUGUUUGUCUGUAUUUGAGACUUGGAUGAAGAUCACAUUUUAAAACCAGUUAUUGCAGAAAACCAGGGCAUUCCAAAGGGUUCUCUGACUUGUUCUUGCUGCUAUUUUUUAACACAUGACAAAAGUGUCCUGAAAAUGUAUUGCUUUGUAGAGUUAGAGUUUUCCUGGAAUUUCCCUUUAACUGUACCAGAAACUGCAUCUGACGAAUCCUGUAGACGAAACUAACAGGUGUGUCAUGUGUCUUGGUAGAUUAAUUGGUGCCGCGACGGGACUGGAGGUGGCCAGGGGAGGCGCUCGUGAGUGGGUAGAAGGACAGAUGGACAAACAGGCACCAGCAAGUGAGACGAACAGCAAAAACAAAAGUCUUUCAGGGUGCCAAGUUAUUUUUCAUUGAGAGAGAAAAUAACAUUGAUUAACAUUAACAUUCAAACCGACACGGGAAACAAAACACUGACCAAGAAGUAGAAGUCAAGCAGUCAUUUCAACAAGGACCAGUUUGAUCCUGUUACAUAAUAAUUAUGUUGAAGCUCCACUUGUGGUUUUUAUGAAAGCACCAACAGUAACUGUUUCAGAUCAGCUGUGAACCAGAAGGAAACGCUGCUGUUGGUCGCUUUAAAAAAAAAAAAUCAGGAAGUGGCGUGUUUUUAUGAAAAUAUGAGGUGCAUGCUGGAGCAGAAAUAUAACCACAAUUUUCAUAGCUUUAUUACUUGACAAAUAUUUUGUUAAGUUGCAUUAUUGUAGCAACAUUUUUAUUUUUCUCAUCAAUAAUAUCUUAUAUUACAAAUAGUUUUUGUUUUUAUUCUGUAUUGUAUUUACUGCAUUAACAUGUAUUAAAUGUGUCUGUGUUUGCCUCCUGGACACGUCAGGAGGUGUGUACGUACUGUAUGAUUGUGCUUAUUAUCAUUUGUAAAAGAGUAAAAGUAUUUUGCUAAUUGCACAAAACCAAAACAAGUCAAAGAAACAGAAAUAAACACAGAGUGGAGGAAGUAUGA